CGUUUGCGAAAGGGUUCCUACGUUUUGCCGGUGUUACUGGUGUGUCUAUGGUGUCAUUUGGUGCCGGUGUGUAUGUGUUUGGCCGUGCGUGGCCUGUGCUCAACGAAAAGGAUAAACAGCUCGCCAACGAGCGGUCGUUGCAAUCGCUCGAUUUUAUCAAGAACUCCACAUUGUACAAACAAUUGGCAGCAGAUAAAUCUUUCGAGCUGCUCUCGGGCUCCCAGCUCAUCCCAGAGGCCCACAGACAGUACCAUGUGGGCCAGGGCCUUCUCAACUCGCCUAAUCACAUGACCACCGACCCGAUCAUCUUUCUCAACCGCGACCAGGGAAAGAUGUACUGCAUAGCUCAUCUUGGAGCCCAGACGGUGGGAACGGAUCGAAAGAUCCACAACGGCAUUAUCGCUACGAUCAUCGACGAGGGUCUAUGUUUGUGUGGGUUUUCAAAGCUGCCUUCCAAGAGAGGAGUCACCGCACAGCUCAAACUGGACUUCUUCCAAAAAGCCCCUCCCGAGUCGACCGUGGUUCUCGAGGCACAGGUGCAGGAAUUUCGCGGCCGCAAGUGCGUUAUCACGGGCACUGUCAAAACUCUGGAACGGUCUCCGAUCAAGGUUGCGGACGGCUACUGUGUUUUGGUGGAACCUGUGUGGUUCAAAUAUUUGAACUGGGUCCCAGUUUUUGCAUAACAAUGACUAACUAAAUUCAGAGAAAUACAAAAAUAUGCUAUUGAUGAUCAGCGUAAUUCCAUAAACCAGUGGCACUAUUCUGAACGUUGGCAGACUCAGCAGCGUAUGGGGGUGAGAUGAGAGAUGCAAUGGAGAUUUUCUUGAGCCGUUGCGCCGGACUCGCCUGCGGAUCACAACUCUUUACGGGGUCUUCGAAAAUAGCCCGUUCGAAGCUAGCAUCGGUCUCAGAUUUCUCCUGUUUGACAGGCACGUCUGGCUGCGAAAAUUGCACCUCCGAGCCCGUGUGGCUCGGCCCGACAUAGAUGCGCAGCAGCUCGUCCUGGAUGUUUUCGUCGUUGAAUAGUUUGCUAAGUACAUGGUGGAACUUCUGCGUCAGAUUCCAGUUGUCAAUACCGUUUUCAAGAAUGUCUAGUAGGUUGUCUGCGAUUUCGCGUCCCCUUUUCGCGACGCUCUGGUCCGAGGCCCUGAGGAAAUACGUCAACACCUUGCCUAGCAAGAAAAUCCAGAUGAUGAUCUCCGUGCCGAAAAUGGAGAGGGCCGCAGUGUUUUUCAGCUCUUUGAGUAUCGUGUCGACCGUUACGCAGCAUUGAAAGAUCACUUCCCACGAAGGUCUAUGGCUGUCUGCCAGAUUGUCUGACGGGGGUUUGGUCGCAAUUGCGUGGACAAUGCUUGCAUGAUGUAACGUGAUAAGAGUACAGAAGUAAUUGCAGCAGAUAAUUAAGCUGUGGUAAUUUGGGUUUUUUUGCGUGUGGGUGCCCAGUUUGAGCUCGUUAGGAACGGUCUCGAACCACAUACCCAACAGCGUGUCCUGUUCGCUGGAAGGUAAACCUGCGCUUCCUUUUACCACUGUUUGGUCGACGGCAGCCAAAGCUUCGGCCAGCCGCAAAUGUUCGAUGGCAUAUAAUUUUAUAGUGUCCGUGAUGUCGGUAUCGAACCUAAAGUCCUUAAGCGAUAGCUUUUCCGACGGAACGGUGGAAACGUCUAUCAAGCGCGGUUUGCCGAGAAUUACCGAUACCACAGUGUCUUUGGAUAUGAGGUACCAGGUUAGUUUCCGAAUUUGACAUUGUUCUCUUUCGGUGUACUCGGAGAGAUCGUUUUGAAAAAAGCCGUGCGAAUUGGCCACAGAAAUAGACACCUGGAGCCACGAGUAGAGCGACUUGGUGUGAAAAUAGUGGUCCUCGAGACCCAGGCCCAACAGGGCCAUUGCUGCCAGCAAAUUGACCGCGUUGCCUUCAAAAUCAUGGUCAAAAAGAGCUUUGGCUCGGCCGUACAGUAUAUUAGUAAUCUUGGACUGUGUGAGCUUGCUUUCCUCGGUCUCGCACGUUAUAAACUUGGAGCCGACGAAGAGAACGCUCUGCAGCAACAACAAAGAAGUGGGGUUCAUAAAUUUGCUGUUCUCGGCCAGAAAUGUCUCCUUGUUCAAGAUUGGAAUCAAGGGAUGCACAUUUUGGAAAUAGGAGUCCACGUAGGUUUGGCAAACCGCCUUCUCAGGCAAAUUGAAACAGCCUAGCAAGUUCAAAUUGCGGAUGCUCGCAUCGCUGACGUCCUGGAACUGCUGUUCUUUGGUGUACUCGUCGAACAGCCUCGUCACAAGCCUAUUUUCCGCAUCCGAGUAACUCUUGUAAAUGUAUUCAUGAUGGCGUGUUUUCUUCAGUUUCUGCAUCAACUCGGCAGGGUCUAUUCGAACCGCAUUCAGAGUUUCGAUCUUGGUUUUUUCCAGGAGAUCGGACAGGUUCUUGUGGAUCUGAAACUUUUUAAUUCUCUUCUUGCGCUUGUACAGCUCGCAUUCCAGAUUUAGCUCCUCACAAUUUGUGCAUCGCUGCCCUACUUCCUUGAAGUCGAGGUCACAUUUAAUUUUGCGUUGAUGGCAAAUGACAC